UCUCUAAAGUUCAAACCGAAUACAAUUAUCAAACCCAAACUCCACAACUCCAAGCAAUUGCAGAAAUCUAAACUCGCCUUUGCCUCCCUCAUGCCAUCGCCGAGACAAGACAAAUAGGACUCUAUCUACAGAGGAAAUGGCCGUCUUCCUACUAAAUCUUAUAACAUUCCUCUUUCUACCACAAUUCCAGGCAAUUGCAGCAGCAGCACAAGCUCCAGGCAAGUGCAGUGGCUGCUGCGGCGAAUGUCUGGUGAUCCGGCCGCCGUUCCGUCGUGAUGAUCAUCAGCCUGCUGCAGCAGGAGGCCAUGGCUGUGUCUUGCCCCGUUACUAUCUUUCCUGUGCCCAGAACCGAACUUGGCUAGAGCUCUCCCUCUCUCUGAAACUUCCUGUCAAGUAUAUCGACUAUGCAUCACACGUUAUCAGCACUUCUUGUCCUGCUCUUGGCUGCUUUCCUGAACACUUUCCAGACACCAUCAAUCUUGUUCAUCCACAAAGCCUUCGUAUGGUUUCCUUAGUGACCCCGCGACGGUGAGGACAGAAGCAAUCGUCAACGACUCUACGUGAAGAAGACGACUGGAAGGGAACUGAGGAAGAAGACAGCAAGAAGAAGACGACGUGGGAGAUUUUGUGGAAGACAGCGGGAAGAAGACAGCAAUCACGUUUCGAUGUCGAGACAAUCCAAGGGAAAACUUGGAAAAUUUUUGGAAUACAAUGGUAAAUUCAAGCUCGAUAAUUA